UCCGACGCCAUCCCCAAUCCGAGUCCCGGAGAAAUCUCGAUCGUAGGUCUCUCCUCUGUUUCUGCCCUUUCUCUUUCAAAAAGAUCGUUUCUCUCGAGAGGGAAACAAAAAGUUCGUUUUUUUUUGUGUUUCAAAUUCUUUCAAUUUCCUCAAUUCUUCGUUUCAUCGAACGCACGUCGAACCCUUUAAUCCCUUCAUUGCUCUUUUCGCGGGUCAAGUUUCGAUUUCGAUCUUUUUAGGGUUUCGUAUCUGAAUCUGUCGAUAAGAUAAACCCUCCUGUGGGGUUUUCUUCAAAAUUUCUGAAAUCAGAGUAAAGCUUUAAAAGGGAUAGCUUUCGUUUGGAUGGGAGUUCUUUGUAACUAAACUACAUAGCGAUAUGGAGAUACAAAUUCAUCAACUUGAGCAGGAAGCAUAUACAGCUGUUUUACGGGCAUUUAAAGCGCAGUCUGAUGCAAUUUCUUGGGAAAAAGAAAGCUUGAUAACCGAACUGCGUAAAGAACUGAGAGUAUCUGAUGACGAGCAUCGAGAGCUUCUGAGUAGGGUCGAUAAGGAUGAUACUAUCCACAGGAUAAGAGAUUGGAGACAGGGAGGCGGAAGCCAGAACACUAGACAUGCAACUAUUCAGCCUUUUAAUGUUCUUCCUAGUCCCACUUUCUCAGCUUCCCGAAAGAAACAGAAAACAUUCCCAUCUUAUCAUCCAUCAAUUGGUGCGGCUGGAAACAGGUCAUUCAAUAAUCGUGUGGUAUCCGGUGGAAUAUCAGGAAAUGAAUCUGCUGAAGCUCUGAUCGGAAGAAAAGUGUGGACAAAGUGGCCUGAAGAUAACCACUUCUAUGAAGCGAUUAUAACCCAGUAUAACGCAGAUGAGGGUCGGCAUGCUUUGGUGUAUGAUAUACACGCAGUUAAUGAAACAUGGGAAUGGGUCGAUCUUAAGGAGAUACCACCGGAAGAUAUAAGGUGGGAUGGGGAGGAUAGUGGAGUAGCUUUAAACAUAGGACAUGGAAGUGGAUCAUUCCGUGGUAACCGAAGAAGCCAAAGCCAAAUCCAUGUUGGCAGAGGGAGAGGACCGAGAAUUCAUCAACCAAGAAGAGAACUUGUACCACCACCAGCACAACAGAAUGGUGGUGGUGGUUGUAGAACUUCCUCUGAAGAUAUUGAAUUGUUCAACACGGACUCGCUUGUGAAGGAGGUGGAGAGAGUUUUCGAUACUACGCAUCCUGAUCCGCUCGAGCUCGAUAAGGCCAAGAAAAUGCUCAAGGAACAUGAACAGGCACUCAUAGCUGCCAUUGCAAGGCUUGCUGAUACUUCUGAUGGCGAAAUCGAUGGAGACCCACCAUAUUCGCAUGAUCAUCCAAUGCAACAUGGAUGAGAGAAAAGCUGUCUGGCUGUUUUACUCAGGAUAUGGUGGUCAUCAGGAGUUAAGAAGAAACAUUUGUGCUCGCUCAGUCAGCAGACAAAGAAAUGCUGAAGAGGUUGCUUCGUAAGAAGAUGGAAGGGAGUCUUCAUCCUCUAAAUUUGUUGUCAGUAAAAUGUGUGAAGGAUUAAAUUGUUAGGGAUUGGAGCGUAGGAUUUUGGUUGUAAGCACAAGUAUUUGUUUUAGAGAGUGUAACCUGUGACAGACUAUGAUUUGACCAUGUAAAUGUUCCUGAGUUUACCUC